ACCAUUGUUCAAGAUAUCCUUUCACAACCACACUUAUUACAGGAAUGUACCUUACAUAGAAGAUGAUAUGGUACCUGCCAAUUUUGGUCUUGAUUAAAAUUCACAUUAUGCAUUUCAGACUCAUCUAAAGCUUCAGCCACAGAUUCUUCUGUCUUAGACCAAGUUCUUAUUUGCUGUCCAGCCACUAUGGCUUUGCCAGCAAAUUAUCGCCAGACAGCCAUGUUGUCAUCUACUAUUGCAGCAUCACCCAGCACUCCACCACCAAGCUCUUCCUCCACCACAUCUUCUUCCCCCUCUUCCUCUUCUCUUGUGUCUUCUUCCUCUGCUGGAAGCGGCAGCAGCAGCGCAACCGUCACCACAGCCUCGGCUGCAACAACCUCUUCUUCCUCUAAAAGUAAAGAGCGGGUGAACCGACCAGGAGGAAACCCUGGAAGCUUGGGGGGCAAGAAUAAUGCCGGGGGUGUGGGAAGUGAAAGCAACGUCCCAUCCCCUUUCACCACCCCUUCCCAUGGAAACCCAGCCUUUGCUCCUCAGAAAAUGGGGGGUGGAUCUUCCGGAUCAAAGGGCUCAUCAGGCAGUUCAGAUUCACGCAGUUUGCCUAAGCCUCCCAAAGGACCUGACAAGCCCCUCAUGCCAUACAUGCGCUACUCCAGGAAGGUGUGGGAUCAAGUGAAGGCAGCCAACCAAGAUCUCAAAUUGUGGGAGAUAGGCAAGAUCAUAGGGAGCAUGUGGAGGGAUCUUCCUGAGGCUGACAAGCAAGAUUUUGUGGAUGAGUACGAAGCAGAGAAGGCCGAUUACGAGAAAGCCAUGAAGACUUACCAUUCGUCGCCGAGCUACCAGGCUUAUCUCGCCGCCAAGAACAAAGCUGCUGCUGGUGCUGCUGCAGCUGUGAAGGAAGACGCCGAUGCAGCUGCUGCUGCCGCCGAGCGCAGUGCUGCUGCGGCUGCUACACCGUCUCAUACGGCGACCAAACUCGACCGCCGUAUUGACAUCCAGCCAGCUGAGGAUGAAGAGGACUACGACGACAGCGUGACUCUGAAGCACCUGUCGCAUGCUCGCUACGUGCGCAACCACCGCCUCAUCAACGAAGUGUUCAGCGACACGAUGGUGCCUGACGUGCGCAGCGUCGUCACCUCCCAGCGCCUCGCUGUCCUCAGGCGUCAAGUCCAGAGUCUUACUAUGCAUCAGAAAAAGUUGGAGAAUGAACUGCUGCAGAUUGAGGAGAAGUUUGAUGCCAAGAAGCGCAAGUUCCUGGAAGCUGGAGACGCCUUCCAGGUUGAACUCAAGCGAGUCAAGAGCAACGCUCCCAAGCUUGAUGACGCGUAUUUUGCGAGUCUCGUUGAACGCGAGAAGGAAAAUUUGAAGCGUGAGGGCGAGGAGCGCCAGCGCCAACAGCAGCAGCAACAGCAGUCAGGAGCACCAGCUGUGGCUAACGGCGCCACCUGUCCUCCGCCUCCUCCACCAUCUGAAUCAUCGUCUGGACCAGCCGCCACCAACAACGCAACGCUCGUCGACAGUUCCUCGGAGCCCUCGCAGAUGAAGUCAGACAACCUGAAGACGGAAGAGAUGACAGGAUCUGAAAAUAAGGAACUCGAAGAUGGUGCUACGAACGGAACACUGGAGAAGUAGAACGUAGUAUGCAUUAUGCUGAAACGUCACUGAUAAUCACGUUUAGGUUAUUUUAUAAAUGUAGACAACGUAAGAGAAAUAGAAAUAAAUGUAAUAAAUAUAAGUUUACAGGUGUUUCACUUAUUACGGAUGUCAUUAGGGAAAUAUUCGCGGUAAAUGACGGAAGCAUUGCGAAUCAUAAUAUAAAAAAAGGAAGAAAAUAAUUCCUCCAUUUUACUGAUGUACUAUUGUGGUUUUGGUCGUAUUAAUCCAGUGGCUUAAUUGUUUCGCCACGCACAAUCGUACCCCAGCCAAUCAACCUGCAAUAUGAAACAUUUCAUUAGUAAUUCAAUAAUGCGUAAUAUUUAAUUCAUUGUUUAAUCUGAGAAAAAAUUAUUUUCAAAGUGCAUAAUUCCUAAGAAUUGUGUUACUUGGACCUACACUGUUUUAUCGCUUUAAUAUUUCACUGAUGAAGGAAUGAUAUUUCGCUCUAGUUUCGGUCACGCAACUACUUCACGUGUAUCUAAGUUUAGAUCAAAACUUGCCUCCAGUGCCUAUCGAUCCGCCUGGAAAGGGCAAUCUUCUCGUUUGCCUCCGUGCAGACAGGGUGCGUGAGGGAUAUCUUAGCCAGGCCCAUCUCUGCUUUAACGCCGAUGACGCACCCGCCCGUCGACAAAGACCCAAUGUUCACCAUAAGCAUUUCUUCUUUGUUCAGCAUAUCAACCUGAAGAGCAUAACUUAUUUCAACAUUUGUUUGGCGCGAGGGUAUUUAUAAGUUAAAUAAUACUCUAAAACAUUCA